UCUCACAGAGAGAGAGAAAAGGAACACAAACUGCAAUAACUCACAAAAUUAAAAAUUAAAAAUUAAAAAUUAAAAAUUAAAAAGGGAAAAAAAGGGACGGCAUUUCCAUUUCCCGCAUCUCUCUCUUGAUCACUCUGACAGUAGCAAAACUGCCAUUGUUUCUCUAAUUUCCUCUUUAAUUUCAUACUAUUUUUCUUCAAUUCUUCCAGAAUUUGUAAAUUACCACUUUUUAUUAUCAACUUUUGUGUAGAAUCAUUUGUGAACAAAAAAAGGAGGUUUUUUUUUAUUCUCGAUUUUUCAGUGAAAAGGAGUGAAGAAAAAUGGAAUUGUAUGGAAGAAAUCAGGGUUCGGAGGUGGAUCCGCCAGCUGAAUGGGGGGAAACUGGACUCGAAGAGUCCAUGUGGAGAUUGGGUCUUUCGGGGCCGGAGACGUACCCGGAGCGGCCUGGGGUGUCUGAUUGUGUCUAUUACAUGCGUACUGGAUUCUGUGGUUUCGGUACCCGUUGUCGUUACAACCACCCUCGUGAUCGUGCCGCGGCUGUAGCGGCUGCUAGAUUAGUUGGAGGGGAGUACCCUGAACGUCCCGGUGAACCCAUAUGUCAGUAUUAUCUAAAGACUGGAACUUGUAAAUUUGGUACUACUUGCAAGUUUAAUCAUCCACGAAAUGCUGGUGGAUCAUUGACUAAUGCACCACUAAAUAUUAAUGGCUGCCCACUACGACCGGGUGAGAAAGAAUGCUCCUACUAUUUGAAAACGGGGCAGUGCAAAUUUGGAAUAACUUGUAAAUUCCAUCAUCCUCAACCAGCUGGCAUGUCAAUGCCUGCAGCUGCACCUCCAUUUUAUCCGACGGUGCAGUCACCUUCAGUUCCCUUACAUGAAUCAGCAGCUGGGUCGUCCCCCGGCUAUAGGGUAGCUAGGCCACCUCUUGUACCUGGUUCUUAUGUUUCAGGGUCUUAUGGUCCUGUGCUUCUUUCUCCUGGAGUUGUUCCCAUGGCAGGCUGGGGUUCUUAUUCAGGACCUAUAAGUCCUGUUUUAUCGCCUGGUGGUCAACCUGCUGCUGCAGGAGGUUCUGUAUAUGGAGUGACAUCACUAUCACCUUCUACACCUGGUCUAGCUGGAUCUUAUGCUCCUCUGCCAUAUUCUGCUGGGAAGUCAGUCACUGGUACUGCAGACCAUAAGUUUCCAGAGAGGCCAGGUGAACCUGAGUGUCAAUACUAUUUGAAAACAGGGAAUUGCAAAUUUGGUGCCUCUUGUAGAUAUCACCACCCACCAGACCGAGGUGCAUCUGCUACAGCAUGUUUUCUUGGACCUCUAGGUCUGCCUCUACGUCCGGGAACACAACCUUGCACUUUCUAUAUGCAAAAUGGAUACUGCAAAUUCGGGCCCACAUGUAAGUUUGAUCACCCAGUGGGUAUGAUGAAAUACAGUCCAUCAGCUUCAUCUCUGGCUGAGACACCAGUUGCGCCCUAUAUGGGUGCAUCUUCAUUAGUUACUAUGCCUCCUUCACCAUCUUCCACAGAGCUCGUUCCAGAAUAUGUUUUAGGGCCACAGAGGGAUAAUCAAUCAAAUAGAACUCUGUCCUCUGGUUUGACUCUCAUACCGACAACUUCUGUUAACAACAUCCAACGAUCUGGUCAAAGUCCUGCACAAUUAAGCAGUAGCAGAAGCAUGGGAGAAGAUGAUGAAGUUCAUCAAUCAAGCUAAAGUACAUUCUUGACCGAUGUCUUCUCUUUAUCGCCCUGCCCUAAAACUGCCUGUGCCACGCUACCAAUCCCCCAUUGUUUCUGUUAUAUAAUAUAAAUAUAUAUAUCGUAUAUAUAGCUUGCAAGUCACCUGUCCAAAGUGACUUCUAUUGUUAUCCAGUUCAAGUACCUACAGCCCUAUCGAAUACUUCCCCACUUCAGGACUGAAAUAUAAUCCUUACUGUUAAUAAUAGCUUCAUAGAUGAUCAGAAUGCAUAAUAAAUUAUGGUAGCAAAUAGCUUUGUAGAGUUAGACUCAUGUCAUUGCUAUUUGGUAAUAAUUCAACGGAAGCGUGCCCUUUCAGCUGAGCUUCUCUGAGUUUGAGACACUGUAUGUAUAAGUACUCAUUUACCAGACAUUUUCUGUAUCUUUUGGCAACUCUUGUGAAGUUAUAUUUGGAUCUGGUUGUGUA